AUGGAAAACGUUGAGCGGAAUCGUAUCGAGAGGACGGAGUCGAAGAGAUGGCGCGGGUCUGUUCGGAGAAUUGUCGCCGCUUCAGUCUACAACCUGUCCUGCUUCACCCACGGUUGCAGCACUGGCUGGGUCUCGGGGGUCCUGGGCAGUGAGGCGCUCUCGGGCGGGGCGUGGCUCGCCGCACUGCCUUGCCUCGUGGCGUUGCCCGCUGCGCCCUUCUUCGCGGUCCUAGCGGACACCAAAGGGCGGAAGGCAGGCGCGUUCUGUGUGUGCCUCAGUUUCAUUGUAAGCUGGUCGCUAGCGGCGUGGUGCGGCCCGAGAGGCGUGUGGACGGCCAGGGUGGCUGCUGGUGCUGGUGGUGCCGGAGCACUGGCCCUGGCACCACUGUACUGCGCCGAAAUAGCCCCCAGGACUAGAGGUCUGGCGGCGAUGCCUGCUCUCGCCUGCAGCUGUGGCAUUCUAUUCGCGUACACCGCCGGGGGUAUACUUUCGCCGCACGCGCUCUCCUUGUCAAUGGCGAUCGCGCCCCUCGUGCUUCUGCUCUCGUUGCUAUGGCUACCGGAGACGCCAUCUUACCUCAUCAACGUCGGAAGGAUACAGGAUGCCGCGAGGGUCAUGUGCUGGUUCGACGGCUCCGACUUCCGGGAGGACUUGACGGACGUCAUUGAGCAACAGGAAGUCAGGAUACGAACAUCGGACUGCACCGCUGGCAGGCGCCAGCAUCUGCGACGGCAGGACUCCGACACUUUCCAGCCGAUGCUGAAGAGGAGCAGCGGCCUGGACUCCAGUUUGGACAAGAAGGAGCAUAUGUCGCCGUGUAGGGAAUUAUUCUCGCGCCGUCGGUCGCGACGGGCGCUUGCGGCGUGCUGCGCUUUAGUCUGUGCCUCGGCGGGGAGCGGGGCGGCCGCACUCAGCAGCUUUGCGGCAGCGGUGCUCCGCCACUCCGUCCACCACGUGCCCAGCCUCAACCUUACCGCCUACAACUUCACGAUCUACAAUGGAACCGAACCUCGUGCCAUGUUAGGCGCGUCGGAUGCUGGGUCGGUGCUUUGUGGGACCGCUCUUGUCCUAGGUGCAGCCGCCGCUACCGUCACCGUGGAUAAGCUUGGAAGAAAGACCCUGCUACUCUGGUCCUGUUCGGGUAUAGCUUGCUGCCUGGCCAUCCUUGGAGUAUACUGCGACCCCCACAUCCGCAUGCAGUCCUGGUACACGCACCGACCAUGGCCAUACAAGAGAAUGAUCAAAGAGAAGAACCUGAAAGGCGGAAUAGGAGAACAGAACUUCACCGGAGACAGCGAAUUUAAUUUCAUCAACGAGACCGUGUCCAAUGGGCCUGAUCCUAUUGGGUCGUUUAGAGUAAGCUUGGAGCAGAACGCAACUCCCACGACCUGGACGGUAAAAUAUGAGCACUUAGAGCACGAAGCUGAAGAGAUCUGGGCCCCUAUCAUUCUUCUAUCGAUUGUGCUGUUCUUGUACAAUAUCGGCCUGGGUUCAGUGCCUUACGUUCUCGUUUCGGAGUUGUUCUCCAUUAACGUCCGCAGCUUAGCGUCGAGUUUCCUCAUCAGCUGCACUUGGCUGAGUAACUUCCUACUUCUGCGGUACUUUGGCACGCUGGCGAUUAACCUUGGUCUGCACGCAGUAUACUAUAUCAGCGCCAUUAGCAGUCUUGUGGCCACUGGGUACAUCUACCUGCUGCUGCCGGAAACCAAAGGCAAGUCUCAAGGUCAAAUCGACGAGGAACUGAACGCCCCACUACUAUCCAACGGGAAGAAAAGAAAGGAGAGAGACCAGCGA